GCGCGGCUGUCGGGUGGCUGAGCUGAGGCAUUGCGAACGGGGUUGGCAGGUGGCUUGGCACGGUUGUCGCGACAGCGGGUUGGCUUGAGGGGCUCCGGGGUUCUGGGCGGGGACAAUGGCGUCUCGGGCAGGCCCGCGAGCGGCCGGCACCGACGGUAGCGACUUUCAGCACCGGGAGCGCGUCGCCAUGCACUACCAGAUGAGUGUGACCCUCAAGUAUGAAAUCAAGAAGCUGAUCUACGUGCAUCUGGUCAUAUGGCUGCUGCUGGUUGCCAAGAUGAGCGUGGGACACCUGAGGCUCUUGUCGCAUGACCAGGUGGCCAUGCCCUAUCAGUGGGAGUACCCGUAUUUGCUAAGUAUUGUGCCUUCUCUCUUGGGCCUGCUCUCCUUCCCCCGCAACAACAUUAGCUACCUUGUGCUCUCCAUGAUCAGCAUGGGGCUCUUUUCCAUUGCACCCCUCAUUUAUGGCAGCAUGGAGAUGUUCCCUGCUGCACAGCAGCUCUACCGCCAUGGCAAGGCCUACCGUUUCCUCUUUGGUUUUUCUGCCGUCUCUGUCAUGUACCUGGUGUUGGUGCUGGCAGUCCAAGUGCAUGCCUGGCAGUUAUACUACAGCAAGAAGCUCCUAGACUCUUGGUUCACCAGCACACAGGAAAAGAAGCGUAAAUGAAGCCUGCCUUUUGGACUGCUCUACAGAGUGAAGCCUGGGCCUCCCAAUGAAUGGAGUGAGAGGGGUAGAGGAGCUUUUCUAAAAUCACCUUUGGUAAUUUUGGCAACUGUUAUGUUGGCACCUAGUGCAAACUAGGUCCAAGUUAUGGAAAGCCCCUCCUGUUGCCAUCCACUGAGAUGGCAAAACUAUAUUUAAUUUAUUCCUGGUUGCCAGAACUGGGUAAUUAACAGACAUGAAGCAAACUUCAGCUGGUUGAAAUUGAGGCUCUUUGGGGCGCUUCAAGACUGAGUAUUAUUCUUGCCUCCUCUUGGUCCUUCUUCCCACUUCCAUCCAUCACCCCUUAGCCACGACACUGAAGGAGAUAGGGAAAAAAUCAAAUUCUACUUCAAUCUGUAGGUCAUAGGGCAGGAAACAUUUGGGAAGCUGCUCCCCCUGCAGGCUGUAGUUUCUACUACAAAGCAUUUUAAUUAAAAAGAAUCUCAAUAAAGACUGCCCUGUCCACCAUG